UAGUCCAGUCAAAAUAGAGAACCAGAAAAAUCCAUAAAUAGGAGAGAUUGAUUUGGUGAAUCAUUCAAUAUUUUUCUAUCUCCUCCAACAAUGGCGAUGGCGAUUCAAUUGGAGAGUUUGGUCCAAUCGAUAAAAUCGAAGGUGAGGAAGUUGAAGAAAUCGAAGAAACCCUACGUCAAAAUGGACAAAAGCUCCAGCGUCAGAGUGGAGAUCCGUAGCAAAAAGGCUCGUAAGCUCAUCGACAAAACUCUUCAAGCUGCUGAUAAACCCGGCAAGACUAGUCUAACUUAGUCCUUCUCCACAGUUGAGAUUUGAAAAAAAAAUGAAUUUUUCUCUUUGUUUCAAGUUGUGUAUAUAUAUAUAUAUAUAAAUUAGGUUUUUAAAAAUGGCCGUUUCUGUGUUCCUCGACGGCGAUGAUAUCCAUUUUCCGAUGGCAACCGUUUCGGUCUUCAAUUUCUUUCUUUAUUUUAAUGAGAAAAAAGUGGGUUGUUUUUUUCCUUCGUAACGUUUAUCCGAUCAAUAAGUAAUUUCGAUGCUAAUUAAAGUUCAUAUCUCUUUGUUUUGUGGAA